AUGAGCCUCAAGGAUUCUUCUCUGCUAGAGAUACUUUCUGAAAGAUUGAUUAAACCAUUUUCUCCCACCCCUCCUUCAUUAAGAUCCUACAAGCUGUCUCGCAAAGACCAGAUGAUGCAUACUAGAUAUGUUCCCCGGGCUUUCUUUUAUCCUGCGGACAAUAAUCCUGAGGGAAAGGACAGAUCUUCAUUAACUGAAACUGAAACAUUUGAGCUGCUUCAAACUUCGCUAUCUAAGACUCUGGCAUACUAUUAUCCCUUUGCUGGAAGGCUAAAAAAUAAUAGUUUUGUUGAUUGCAAUGACAUGGGAGUUCAGCUUACUGAAGCUCGAAUCAAGUGUUCAAUGUUUGAAAUUCUCAAACAAGAGAACUCUCAUUUGAAAGAUCUUGUUUUUCCUAGACUUUUCUUCACUGAUGUCAUUCCUGCUGAAUGUAGUCUAUUGAUCGUUCAGGUUAGCUUUUUCAACUGUGGAGGCGUGGCAGUAGCCCUGUGCGCGUCCCACAAGGUCAUGGAUGCAUCAACCACAUGCAAUUUCAUGAAUGAUUGGUCUUCCAUGGCUCGUACACUGAAUGAUCAUGUUCCAACUCCUUUGUUCAAUGGUGCUUCUCUAUUCCCACCUAUUGAGGAUAGUAAGUGCUCGUCCAACUAUCAGCUGAAAUCUCCAAAACCACCAGAAAGCUGCAUCACAAGGAGAUUCUUGUUCCAGUCAGCCAAAAUAGAUGAACUCAAGAAUAUCGCAGUCAAUUCAUCAGGGGUUUGUAAUCCUACUCGAUAUGAAGUUGUGACUGCACUACUUUUCAGGUGUGCUGUGGCUGCAGCAAAAGCAAAUUCGGGUUCUUUCCAGCCAUCCAUGCUGUCUAACACUGUCAACUUGCGACGCUUAACUGUUCCUCCAUUACCAAAAGAUUCAGUCGGCAACUUUUUAACAUCUUUUCCAGUCUCAGCCACAAUAGAAAGCCACAUGAAACUCUCAGACUUGGUUCAUCAGAUAAGAAACAAAAAACUGAAGCUCCACGAGGAGUACAACAAAGGAAAUGAUGGGGCAAAGGAUGAUAUCCCCUCUUCUCAAUGUGCUAAGGCGGAUCAUGAAGUUGCAAGUGAGAGAUUUGAUCAAUUUUACCACUGCAGCAGCUCGUGUGGAUUUCCAUUCUACGAUGUUGAUUUUGGAUCUGGGAAGCCUGUGAUGGUGUGUGAUACCAAUCAAACUGGUGCCAAGAAUCGUUUCUUUUUGAGGGAUAUAAGAGAUGGGGAUGCAGUUGAAGCCGUUGUUACUCUAGAUCCAACAGACAUGUACUUCUUCCAAGGCAAUGAAGAGCUGCUUGCAUUUGCUUCUUUAAAUUCAUAA